AUGGACCAAGCAAUCCACUCAGAAGAGGAGUCCAAUCGGUUAGAAACCCCAACGUCCACUUUAGCAUCUAAGAAAAUGCCCAAAAGCAUUUCAAUAUCCAAGCAACUGGCUUCCAUUAAAGCCUUAAAGAAGGGUUCAGAUCUGGAAAAAGCCAUUGCUACUGCCGCUUUGAUUUUCCGAAACUCUUCUGACCCUGACGGCAAACUUGGAAAAGCUACUGCCAAAAAUCUGCUGCAAACUCAAUUUAGGAAUUUCACAGAGGGUCAGGAAACCAAGUCAAACUACCAAGACAUCCUUUCUGAGCUGGAGGAGCACACAGAAAAUAAGCUUGAUUUCGAGGACUUCAUGAUCUUGCUCCUGAGCGUCACCGUCAUGUCAGAUCUACUACAAGAUAUUUGGAGUGCAAAAAAUGACAAGUGA